CCGAUCCAGCCGCUUUUUUCCAUUCCCCUCGCCCUUCCUGAUUCCCAAAAUUCCCUCUCUGGGCUUCCAAAAGCUUUAUUCCCUCAUUUAUUCCCUGCUCCCUCCCCAUUUCUCCCUCCCACUGCUCCUUCCCCGUUUUCCCUCCUUUUCCAUUAAUUUUUUCCUGUUUUCCCCUUCCUUCCGUCCCAUUUUUUCCCCUUUUACCCAUUUUUCCUUCUCUUUCCAUUUUUUCCUCCCCUGUUUUGCCCAUUUUCCGUUUUUCCCCUUUUUUCCAUUCCUUUCCCCCUUUUUCCUUCCUCCUGUUGCUUUUUAACCCCCCUUUUAAUCCCCUCAUUCCCAUUAAAUCCCUCCACCCCCAUUCCCAAUCCUUAUUUAGGGGGAAAUCAGGAAUUAAGGGGGAAAAUUAGGAAUUGGGGGGGAGGAAUAGGAAUUAAGAGGGAAAAUUAGGAAUAAGAGGGGGAAAUUACGAAUUAAAAGGGAAUCCCUUCCCAAAAAUCCUGGGGGAGGUUGGGUUAUACCCCAAUUUUAGGGUCCCCCCCCUUGUGGACCCCAAAACCUGACCUAGAGCUGUUGGAAUUUCAGGGAUUAGGGGGGAAUCUCUUCCCAAAAAACCUGUCAGCACCAGGACAAGCUUGGAAAACCGGGAUAAGAUGCAGGACAGCUACGAGAGCGUCAUUUCCUUGGCCGAGGAAAUCGCCAUCAGUUGGCCGCGAAUCACCGCCUUCGCCGAGUCCCACCGGAGGAGGGGCCUUGGGGCUGCAGACAACGGUUUGUUGACCGACAACGACGACGAGGAGCCUCCCCCGGGUGAGCUGGAGAAAGUGGACGCCGUGGCCGCCGCGGCCUCAGUGACCAAACCCAAGCCGGCCGCCAACUCCGCCGACACCGAGGGCUCCAAACCCACCGAGGCUUCCCAGAAACCUGACCCCCAGCCCCACAAGGCCGCGGGGAAGCGCCAGAGCAAGUCAGGACCCCAGGGCUUCAAGAAGUUCCCCCCGCGGAGCCUCCUGGGCCACGGGCGGUGCCACGACUGCGGUAAAGCUCUGGCGUUCGGCUCUGCCUUCCCCAAGCGCCGGCGCGGGACAGAACGGCCCCACAAGUGCCCCGAGUGCGGGAAGUGCUUCAGGUUGAGCUCCACCCUCAUCACCCACCAGCGGCGCCACGCCGGCGACAAGCCCUACAAGUGCCCCGAUUGCGGCAAGACCUUCAGCGUGGGCUCGGCCUUCAUCCAGCACCAACGCGUCCACGCCGGCGCCGCGCCCUGCCAGUGCGGCGUCUGCGGCAAGAGCUUCCCGGCCAGCACCAGCCUGGUGAAACACCAGAAGCUCCACCUGGAGGAGAAGCCCUACAAAUGCGGCGACUGCGGCAAGGGCUUCAACUGGAACUCCCACCUGGAGCGGCACCGGCGCAUCCACACCGGCGAGAAGCCCUACGCCUGCCCCGAGUGCGGCAAGAGCUUCAGCUGGAGCUCCCACCUCGACCGGCACCGCCGCACCCACGCCACGGCCCGCGGGGACCCCUCGUGCCGCUGCGCCGACUGCGGCCACCACCCGGAGCCGCCGGAGCGCGGGAAGGGGUCGGCGGCCAAACCAGCGGCCUUGGUCAAGCGCCGGCACGGCGGCGCUGCCGCCAACAAGCCCUACAAGUGCGGGGAGUGCGGGAAGGGCUUCGGCGCCGAUACGGCACUGGCGAAGCACCGUCAGAGCCACACCGGUGCCGCCAAGCCCUACGAGUGCGGCGACUGCGGCAAGAGCUUCGCCUGGAGCUCCCACCUCGACCGGCACCGGCGCAUCCACAUGGGCGAGAAGCCGUUCCGCUGCGGCGACUGCGGCAAGAGCUUCUCGCAGAGCUCCCACCUGGAGCGGCACCAGCGCGUCCACGCCGGCGCCGAGCAGCCGCGCCGCUGCUGCGAGUGCGGCAAGAGCUUCUUGGCCUCGCCCGCCAAGCGCCGGCGGCUCUUGGGCGGCGCCGCUGAGAGACCCUCCAAGUGCGGCGAGUGCGGGAAGAGUUUCCCGUGGGGCCCGCGGGCGGCGCCGGAGCGGAGCCACAAGUGCAGCGAGUGCGGGAAGAGCUUCUCAGCCCGGGCUAAGGAGGGCGCGGUGAGACACCAGGGCACUCAGACUGGCGAGAAACCGUACGCCUGCCCCGAGUGCGGCAAGAGCUUUGGGCAGAACUCGGCGCUGGUGAAGCACCGGCGGAUGCACACGGGGGAGAAGCCCUACGAGUGCGGGGACUGCGGGAAGAGCUUCGGCGUCCGCUCCAACCUCAUCAAGCACCAGCGCACCCACCUCGGGGAGAAGCCCUACAAGUGCCCCGAGUGCGGCAAGGGCUUCAUCCAGAAGUCCGACCUCACCAAGCACCGGCGGAUGCACACCGGGGAGAAGCCCUACGAGUGCAACGUGUGCGGCAAGUGCUUCAGCGUCUCCUCCAACCUCAUCAAGCACCAGCGCAUCCACCUGGGCGAGAAGCCCUACCAGUGCUCCGAGUGCGGCAAGAGCUUCAUCCAGCGCUCCGAGCUCACCAUCCACCAGCGCGUGCACACCGGCGAGAAGCCCUACAAGUGCUCCGAGUGCGGCAAGUGCUUCAGCCGCAGCUCCCACCUCAACCGGCACCAGCGAACCCACGGCGGGGACAAGCCCAAGGCAGUGGCCACCGGCGCUGCCGCCGUGGCCGCCGAGACGCCGCCGCCUCCGCCGGGCUCCGGGGGCUUCCCCGGCGCCGCCUUCCCGGCCCCGGUGGCCUCGCUGGGGUCGUUCCCGGCGUCGCCCUCGGCGCUGCCCGUGCCGGCGCUCUCCGGCCCGGCCCUGGAGCUGCCCUGGGCGCUCUCGUUCCCCGGCCGCGCCUUCGCCCACCCGUCGUUCGCCCCGGCCCCGCCUGCAGGCGCCCAGACCCCCUCGCUCAUCAACUGAGGCUCCCCCACCCACCCCCUGCUCCCAGGGCUCCUCCCAGUGCUCCCAGUGCUCCCAGUGCCCGAUUGGGGCAGAGACCCAGCGUGGGGUCCCGUUGAGUCAUUGUUGAGUCUUGUUGACUCAUCAUUGGGUCUUGUUGACUCAUUGUUGUUGGGUCCCAUUGACUCAUUUUUGGGUCCCAUUGACCAAUCGUUGUUGAGUCUCAUUGACCAGUUGUUGGGUCUUGUUGACUCAUCAAUGUUGGGUCCCAUUGACCAAUCAUUGGGUCCCACUGACCGAUCAUUGGGUCCCACUGACCGAUCAUUGGGUCCCAUUGACCGAUCGUUGGGUCCCAUUGACCGAUCGUUGGGUCCCGUUGACCAGUCGUUGGAGCUUCUUCCAACCUGCAGCCCUUCGACCUUCCAGGCUAAUUAAUGAUGUCAUUAAUUAGGGGAUGGGGAUCUCCCCCUCGUCCUGUGGCUCCGCCCACCUGCCCAGUGCUCCCAGUGCCCAACUGGGGCCAGUUGAACCCCCAUUCCCAGCCCAACCCCCCCCAAACCUGAGUUCCCCUCUCUGGCAUUUCCCAUGGGAUGAAGAACCACACCCAUCCCGGUUUCUCCCUCUGCUCCCACCUCGCAGGAAUUUGGGGAGAAAAACGCUGGAAACGGGAGUUUUCCCACACUUUUGCAUCAUCCUGUGCCCACCCUGGAGCUGCAUGAGGAACUCUGGGAUAUUCCACAUUUCCCUUCUCUCCCUCUUAUCCCACAUUAUCCCAAACGGAGCCAGUUGGGCUUUUCCUGUUUUAAUUUUAACCAUAUUUUUUUUUUCCUUUUUGGAAAAAAGUCACCAUUUUUGGGGCAAAAUCAGUGAUUUAGUGAUGUCGUUUUCCAGGCACUUCAUGGAAUAUUUUGGGAAUUCUGGAUGGGGUUUUUUUCCCUUUUCCAUGUGGACAACUUCUGUGUGUUUGUGGUGAGCUUUUUAUGGAUUUUCCUUAAUUUUUGGGGGUUGUUUUCCGGAUUCUACAUGUUUGGGUACGAGCAGAAAAAGUGGGAAAAGUAGUGCUUUUCUGCUGCCUAAAAUUCUUAUUUCUUCCAGUUUUCUGAGGAAGAAAUGGGAAAUGGAUGAAAACAAAUGAGGAAAAAAAUCAAAACCCUUCAAAAAACCCUAAAAAAGCAAAAAUAUUCACCAAAAAAUGAAGAAAAACAUCAAGAAAUAGAGGGGAAAAAAAAAUAAAGAAUUGAGGUGAAAAAUUACUCUUGUUUUGUCCCAGAAGGGGAUAAAAAUCUGGAAAAAAAAACUUUUGAAAAAAGUCGGGAAUUGCCGAAAUCCUGGGAGUUGGGAGGAGGAUUCGAAGUGGAAAUGAAACGAUGGAGGAGUUUGUGGAGAUGAUCAUGACGCUCAGUUGUUAUGUCAUUAUUGGUUCAACCAUGAUGUCAUGGUUGGCUUGACAAUGAUGUCACUGAUGGUUCAACCAUGACUCAACUGAUGACGUCAUCAGUGACGCAAACGCGACGUCAACAUUGGCUCAAGCAUGAUGUCAUCGGUGGCUCAGCCAUGACAUCAUCAAUGUCUAGGCCAUGACAUCAUUGCCUCAACCAUGUUGUCACAAUUGGCUCAAUUAUGAUGUCAUCCGUUGCCCAGCCAUGACGUCAUCAGUGGCUCAACCAUGACGUCAUUGCUGCUCCCCCCCAUGACGUCAUCACAGGAGAACCCCCUGGACAUUCCCACCAGCUCCAGAUCCCAGAAUUCCCACAGAGCCCCCCCACCUGAUUGGGAAACACUUGAAGGAACCCCAAAAAUCCCACAUUCUUCCCUCAGUUUUGCCCUUGGAGCCUCCAAUUCCCAUGUUAAUUAUGUGUUAAUGAAUAUGCUAAUUAGGAGUAUUGGGGCUCAAUGGCCCCAAUUUGGACCAAAUUAUCCCCAAAAUUCUGGGUAAUUACCCAAAAAUUCCAAGGUUUCUUGGUUUGGGAACCUCCAGAGCCACCACGGGCAGGGCAGGAAGGUCCCGAAAUUCUGGAGGAAGAGGAAGGAACUGGAUGAAACCAAGAACUUCCCUGGGAGCUGGAAUUUUCAGAGGACACGUGACCCCAAAAGGGCCAAAAACGAGCUGAAAAAGUUCCAAAACCAAGGAUAUUUUGGGGGGGAAAUGCCCCCAAACUGUGAUUUCUGUGGGAUUUCGCCCUUUCCUGGUGUUUCCGGUGUCAUUGUGUCGCAGAUUCCAGUUGGUGUCGUUCUCGAUGUUGGGAGUUGCUUCCUUUCCAUGAGUAGUAAUAAAUCAGUUAGUGAUUCCCA